AUGGCUGGCUUCUGGCAGAUGACCCUAGCCUUUAGGAAAUACCUGAUCAUAGUGCUUGUACCCCUUGUGUUUCUUCCUCUGCCCCUGGCUCUUCCUACCAAGGAGGCUGAAUGUGGUUAUGUUAUCAUAGUCAUGGCACUGUUUUGGUGCACGGAAGCUUUGCCAUUGGCGGUCACAGCUCUCUUGCCUGUCCUGCUGUUCCCAAUGAUGAACAUCAUGGAUUCUACAACAGUCUGUCAGGAGUACUUGAAGGACAGCAAUAUGCUUUUCAUUGGAGGACUGCUAAUGGCCAUUGCUAUUGAGAGCUGGAACCUUCACAAGCGUGUUGCUCUGCGGGUCUUGCUUAUCACUGGUGUCAGACCAGCCCUGCUACUCCUGGGCUUCAUGGCUGUGACUGCCUUCCUGUCAAUGUGGAUCAGCAAUACUGCCACCACUGCCAUGAUGGUCCCAAUAGCACAAGCGGUGUUGGAGCAGAUGCGCAAGUCAGGAAUGGAGUUUACCGUGGCUGGCCAAGGGCAUGAAAACGUCAACAACGCCUUUGAACUGCAGGAAACACCAUCUAAAACAGAGAGUGUCAAAGAACAAAAUGAGAAGGACCUAGGUAGCAGUCAUGUACUAACACUCGAAGAAGACAGAAAGAAAAAUGAAAAUCUGCUAGAGAAGGACCACAAGAAAUUCUCCAAGGGAAUGUCUCUCUGCAUCUGUUACUCAGCCAGUAUUGGAGGGAUUGCAACUCUGACUGGGACAACACCAAAUCUGGUACUGCAGGGACAAAUUAAUCAGCUCUUUCCUAAGAAUGGCAACGUGAUCAACUUUGCCUCUUGGUUCUCCUUUGCCUUCCCCACCGCGGUUGUGUUGCUGAUUUUGACCUGGAUUUGGCUCCUGAUAAUGUACCUGGGCUUUAAUUUUCGGAAGACUUUUGGUUGUGCUGCAGAUGCCACUACAAAAGCUAAGGAGAAACAGGCCUAUGAGACUAUCAAGGAAGAGAGCAAGAAACUGGGCUCAAUGAAAUUUGCAGAAAUAGCAGUUUUGAGUAUCUUCACACUGCUGGUACUGCUCUGGUUCACAAGAGAGCCUGGUUUCAUACCAGGCUGGGCAACAGUCCUUUUCAACAUUAAGGAUAGCUAUGUCACUGAUGCUACAGUUGCCAUCUUUGUUUCAAUUCUGCUGUUCAUCAUUCCUGCCAACAUGGAUUACACUGACAGUGACAGACAGCAAACAGGUGGUAAGUCAAAGAUCCGAGCACCUCCAGCUCUGUUGGACUGGAAAGCAGUCCACGAGAAAAUGCCAUGGAACAUUGUGUUUCUGCUGGGAGGAGGCUUUGCCUUGGCCAAAGGCAGUGAGGAAUCUGGUCUGUCUGCAUGGUUAGGCACCCAACUGACUCCUCUGGAGCAAAUCCCUCCCCCAGCUAUUGUUCUCCUGUUGUGCCUUCUGAUUGCCACUUUCACUGAGUGCACCAGCAACGUGGCCACCACCACCCUCUUUCUUCCUAUUCUGGCUUCAAUGGCUGAAGCAAUCUGCCUCCACCCACUCUAUGUCAUGCUGCCCUGUACACUUGCUGCAUCGUUGGCAUUCAUGCUCCCAGUGGCCACUCCUCCUAAUGCCAUUGUCUUCUCGUGUGGACAGCUCAGGGUGAUAGAUAUGGCCAAAGCUGGGUUUACACUCAACAUCCUAGGAGUUCUGACAAUAACUCUAGCCAUCAACACCUGGGGUUCAUCUUUGUUUGACCUGCAAACUUUCCCAUCUUGGGCAAAUAGGACAGGAACAUGCCCAUAA